AACUGUUAUGUAGUAAGAAAAAUAAAAUAAAAAUAAAAUAAAAUUAAUCCCAAGGAUUUGUACCGAAUGAACGAGAGAAUAGAUUGCCAUUGGGAACGAGCAUGAGCACCAACGCGCAGUGAUGGGGCAUAUGAUCCACUAUGGAUCGCCAAGGGCAAAAGUCCUCAGCAGACGCAACUCAACGGGGGAGGUGUAUCAAGCUUGUCGGAGAGUGCUGGCGUAAGAGCCGUUUAGGUGGACUGGGUGACGAGGGCCUGGAAGCGAGAGAUGACGCCGAGCCGUGGAGCAUUGGUUCCGCUCAUGGUUACCAUCCAUGGAUGAUCAGUAUCUGAAUGGCAAAGCCAAUCGGCAUCUAAUGUCUCAUCUCAUCUCUAGAAACAGUCUCUCCAGAAUAUCUGCUCAGAUUCUCA